AUGAUUUUUUAUUUAAGUCUUCCAAUUGAUGUACAACCUCGAGAUUCUUUAAUGCAUUUAGCUGAAUAUACUAAAUUUGCUUUAGAUAAUAAAAGUCAAAAUUAUAAACUACAAAUAUCACAAUUUCAUUCAAAUAUAUCAACAGCUAGUGAUUUAAUAUCACCAUCAUGGAAUAUAUUGUUGCAUUGUAUCAUUCAAUGA